AUGGUUCAUGAAGUAGAUGUUGAUGGUAAUGGCAUGAUCGACUUCCCAGAAUUUCUGACCAUGAUGGCAAGAAACAUGAAAGAUACAGACAGUGAAGAAGAAAUGAGAGAAGCAUUCCGUGUGUUUGAGAAGGAUGGCGAUGGUCAUAUGAGUGUAGCUGAGCUUUGCCAUGGGAUGACAGACCUUGGAGAGAAGUUAACAGAUGAAGUUCAUGAAAUGGUCAGAUAUUGAUGGUGACGGUCAGAUAAACUAUGAAGAGUUUGUACAAAUGAUUGUACAGAAUGUGUUAAAUUUCUUGUACAAAAUUGUUUAUUUGCCUUUUCUUUGUUUGUAACUUAUCUGUAAGAGGUUUCCCCUUACUGUCAAAGAACAUGCAUGUAUAGUAAUUAGGACUUCAUUCCUCCAUGUUUUCUUCCCUUACCUUUUUUUUUUUUUCUUUUAAGAAUUUAUUUAUUUAUUCCUGAGGAAGACAGGAUGGAGUUGUUCAAAUGAGGGAACCUGGGUUAGGCCUUUUUUUUUUUUUUAAAACAAUUUUGUUUAGGAACUGUCAGCAUGUUGUUGAAGUGUGGAGUCAUAACUCUGCAUGGACUAUGGACAGUCACCAAUGUUCUUAAACGCUGCACUAUUGCAAACCGAGUGUAUUAUCCAGAUACCCAUACACUAUCAUUUUUGUACUGCUGGUCCUGUACCAGAAACAUUUUCUUUUAUUGUUAAUUGCUUUUUAAACUUCGUUUUAGCUACUUAAAGAAAAUCUGCUUAUGGCACAAUUUGCCUCAUCCAUUCCAAGUUGUACAUUAGUUUUCCAAUUAAAAAAUUACAAUUUGGGAGUCAGGCGGUAGCACAGCGGGUUAAGCACAGGUGGCGAUAAGCACAAGGACCAGUGUAAGGAUCCUGGUUCGAGCCCCCGGCUCCCCACCUGCAGGGGAAUCACUUCACAAGCGGUGAAACAGGACUGCAGGUGUCUAUCUUUCUCUCCCCUUCUUUGUCUUCCCCUCCUCUCUCCAUUUCUCUCUGUCCUAUCCAACAACAACGAGAUCAACAACAACUACAACAAUAAAACAACAAGGGCAACAAAAGGGAAUAAAUAAAUAAAUACAAAUUUAAAAAAA